AUGGACGCUGCCACACCCAUCCUCCGCCGCAGCGACGCUGCUGCCGUGCUCGCGUUCCUCAAAGCGGCGACGGCAGUCUUUGCGGCUGCCUGGUCAGAGCAGCAGCACAGUCUUGGCAAUGACGACGACGUCGACAAUGACGAUUCGGAGAACAAGUACAAACUUGCGCCUUACUGGUCCAUUACCCAACAGGGUGGCCGUCUUCGCGAGGCCUUGGCCGUCGUGGCGGCCGUUGACGAGACUCACGGUGCAGGCGUGUCUGUCGAUUUGCUGCGCGCAUGUGUCAAGAUUGGUCGGGAUGUCGUGCUGCGCCUUGAUCGACGGGAAAAGGCUGCGGAAAAGGCAUGGACGUGGAGUCUGGUUGACCUGGCUGUGCUUGGGGAGCGACUGGACGACUUGGUUCAGCGAGCGCGUGACUUUGAACAGUCGGUCUUUACCGCGGAGCAGCUUCGGAACCUUGAACAGAAGCUCUCGAUCCGUCUCUCGCCUGAUGCUCCGUCGAGCGACGAGUACUUCAACGGCGAGCACGUUCCGCCCACGAAGCCUGAAGCGCAAGAGCCGCAGACUGAGCUCGAGCGGACCCCAAAAGGACCACACCAGCAUGGAGAACCUCCGCGGCUCGUGUCGCCGGAUAUCCUAAACGACUUUAUCCUCGAGGGGCUCGCGUACAAGAGCAUGCACGACCGUGAAGAAGAGGUCGCAGAGGCACACGCCACGACGUUUGACUGGGUCUUUGCCGACGAACCAAGCGUCCGAGACGACGGCAACGACCUGGCCACGAAGCACAGUCUAAAGAACUGGCUCUCCACGGCCGAGUCGGGCCCGAUAUACUGGAUCACGGGCAAGCCCGGAUCCGGCAAGUCGACGUUUAUGCGGUACCUGUUUCAGCACGCCGCAACCACUCGCUGCCUGGAGGCCUGGAGCGGCGGCGGCGACCGGCCGCUGCUCGUCGCCGGCUUCUUCUUCUGGACCAGCGGCCCGCGCGAGCAGCGCUCCCAGUCCGGGCUGCUGCGCUCGCUGCUGCACCAGCUCUUCUCCGCGCACCCAAACUACAUUGCGGCCUCGGUGCCGGCCCUCUGGGCAAAGCUGCGCAACAUGUCAACUAAAGAGCGCAUUCGAGUCCGGCUGGAGUGGACGCCCGAGGAGCUGCUGUCGGCGUUUUUGGCGUUUAUCGAGGCGGCGGCGGCGAGGGAAAAGAUGAGGAUCUGCCUGUUUGUCGACGGCAUGGAUGAGUUUGAGGGCGACCACGCCAUGAUGAUUCAUCUGUUUAGGAGCUUGGCUACGGGAAAGAGGGCGGAUAAUGUCAAAAUGUGCCUGUCGUCCCGGCCGUGGGCCGUGUUCCGGGAUGCAUUCGAGUUUGCGGUGCCCAAUCUCAAGCUGCAGGAGCUGACAUGUGGAGAUAUGCGGCAGUACGUGUCUGAGACGUUGGCGCAGAGCGAUGAUGUGAAUUACAUUCUGCGGCAGGAUACGGACAAGGGCUCUCAAUUUGUGGAGGCGCUCAUUGACCGCGCAGACGGCGUGUUCCUGUGGGUUCGGCUCGCCGUCGAAAGGGUGCUGGAGAGGUUUACCAAGGAAGAGGGGAUGCAGGGUCUGAGAGACAUUCUUGCGGCGCUGCCGGCAGAUUUAGACGAGCUGUUUACGAAGCUGCUCUUUCAGGACCAGACAGCAGAAGAGCUUGAGCAGUCUGCAGCCCUGUACAGCCUGAUGCGGGCUCGGGAGGAGGUUGCUGAUUUUGUGCGCAAUGACGACGCCAAUAGCUUGACAGUCUGGGAGCUUGCAUUCGCUCUCUACAAGCAGGACGAUGAGUUGGCUCUCGGUCGAGUAGCUGUCAAGGAACCUACAGACGACUACAUUGCUCAGCGCAGCGCAGCGACCAUUGCCGUCAUCAAGCAGCGCUUCUCUGGCAUGCUCAAUCUUCACAUUCGCAAACGCGCCGGCCACUUUGGCAGCAUCUCGCGCCGCGGCUCCUCCUCGAGCACCGAGUACACUGCGCGCGACAGAGCCCGCAGCCGCAUCGUCUACAGCCACCGCACCGUGCGCGACUGGCUCGUCUCCUGCCCGGGCGUCCACGACCGGCUCAUGCAGCAGCAGCGGCAGCCCGCCAGCUUCGACCCGGACCUACGCCUACUACGCUCCUACGUGCUGCAGAUGCGGCGGCCCCUCGGGCGCUUCGAGCGCCACCGCGUGCUCGACGACUGGUGGCCAGACAUUACGCUCGCGCUGACGCACGCGCGGCGCGUCCGCGCCGACCCGGACCGCCUGCAGCGCGGCUUCGUCAACGCGCUCGACCACGUCGUCGGCCGCUACUGGCUGCGGAAACGCGGGGGCGACCCGUACGACCACUGGGCGCGCAGCGCGUACGGCAGCUUCGAGGCGCGCGGCAAGGCAGCGCCGAUAUGGCAGCCCUUUCUGGGCCUCGCCGUCAAGUUUGGCCUGCGGCGGUACGUGGUCGAGGAGCUGGCCGCGCGGCGACAACGCCAACGCCAACAAGACGAGGAGGACGGCGGCGGCGACGUAUCCGACGCCAUGAAGAAGCUGCAAGUCGACGAUGCGGUGCCGCUGCUGGCCUACGCGACCGAGUACCUGUGCUCGCGCAAAAGAACCAUUUUCCCGCUCUCCGACCCGGCGCUCGUCGAGGACCUGCUGCUGCUGCGGACCGAGAGCUCCUUCCUCAACCCGGGCGCCAACCACGUCUACCUGGAUUUCGUUACGCGGACGGACACGACGCCGUGGCUGGCGGUGCUGCGUCACCUGCGGGAUGCGCGACGGCGCCGGUGGAUCAGGCUGUAUGACGUGGACCCCGAGGGCACGCGGCGGUGGGUACAGAUUGUGCGCUCGUUUCUCGAGGUGGGCGGUGCGGAGCCGGACGCCCUCGUGGUGGCGGAUGGGUGGGAUCCGGAAAUCACGGCCGAGGGCGUGCUGGAGCUGCUCGACGAUACGUAUGGCGAUGCUGAGAUUCGGGCGUUGAGGGAGUUGCUGCAUGGCUUGCAGCAGAAGAAUGGGAAGCAGAUUGCUGUAUGA